GUUCUGUCGUCUACAGCAUCAUCAACCACUGCGUCCCCUUCGGCCACACCAUUGCCGACCGUUGGUCCUCAACAGGGAGCAUUCAAAGGCUUGGCUUCAGCUAUGAUGAAUACCAACCAUAUACUUGGCCGACUGGCGUCUGUGCUACGGUUCUACCUAUUCGACUGGAACCUAGGCGUUCGACUGUGCGCUCUCAGAGCACAGCGAUAUACAAUGAGACCAGUUUCGGCAGGCAUCGUCUUGUCCGUG